AUGGCUCCUGGAGGCUGGCUCUGGGCACGCAAGGCGCUGGCUGCCGGGCGCCCGCUGUUCCAGGGCCGUGCGCUGCUCGUCACCAACACCCUGGGCUGCGGCGUGCUCAUGGCCGCGGGCGAUGGCGCGCGACAGGCCUGGGAAGUGCACGCGCGGCCUGGACAGAGGUUCAGCGCGCGGCGCUCAGCCAGCAUGUUCGCGGUGGGCUGCACCAUGGGGCCCUUCCUACACUUCUGGUACCUGUGGUUGGACCGCCUCCUCCCCGCGUCGGGUCUACGAAGCCUCCCGAGUGUGAUGAAGAAGGUACUAGUGGAUCAAACGGUGGCAUCUCCCAUACUGGGCGUCUGGUACUUCCUGGGCCUUGGCAGCCUGGAGGGCCAGACACUAGAGGAGAGCUUCCAGGAGCUGCGAGCCAAAUUCUGGGACUUCUACAAGGCCGACUGGUGUGUGUGGCCAGCUGCCCAGCUGGUGAACUUCCUCUUCAUCCCUUCUCAUUUCCGAGUCACCUAUAUCAAUGGGGUGACACUGGGCUGGGACACAUACCUGUCCUAUCUGAAGUACUGGGCUCCUGAACCACUUCAGACUCCAGACUGCGCAGACUGAACCUGAAGCCCAGAAGAUGAGUUUGGUCGAUGGACAUGCUCCCUCAAGAAGUUCUGAACCAGGUCAAAGCUCUGCGCCAUGUCCAAAUCCCAGGCCAGCCGUGCCUGGACCAGCCGUCCCUCCUGAGCCCACCAGAGACUGUCCCCGUGUGGCUUUCCACUGGGACCAUGAAGUCCUUGGUCUGCUUGGACAGAGUAAAGGGCGUGUUCCACGGCCUUCAAGUGGGGUCUGGUUUGGCCUCACUGGAUGCAAGGCUGGGUGGCAAUGCAGAAAUUUCAUUAAAUUCUCUCUUUAAUGUCAA